CUGAUCAAAUACCAGAGUGCGCAGAGUAAGGUGAGGCUGGUGUACGACCGGGAGCCACAGAGGAGCCUGAGCAGAGACUUCAUCUUCCCCAGCGCGCGGAAGCGAGAGGCCUUUUGCCAGCUGCUGCAGCUGAUGAAGAUCCAGCACUCCAACCUGGACGAGCCUGACCUCAUCUCGGUGUACGUCGGGACAUGGAACAUGGGCAGCACGCCACCGCCCCGCUCCCUCGCCUCCUGGCUGACCUCGAGGGGCUUGGGGCGCACGCAGGACGAGACCACCGCCUGCAUCCCCCACGACAUCUACGUUAUCGGCACCCAGGGGAACUCCCUGGGUGACCGCGAGUGGGUCGAGUUCCUCCGAGCAUCUCUGAAGACCCUGAUGGCCGUCGACUACCGUGUGGUCGCCCUGCAAUGCCUCUGGAGCAUCAAGAUCGUGGUGCUGGUGAAGCCGGAGCACGAGCGGCGCAUCAGCCACGUCCACACCUCCAGCGUGAAAACCGGGAUCGCCAACACGCUGGGGAACAAGGGAGCCGUGGGCGUCUCCUUCCUCUUCAACGGGACUUCCUUCGGCUUCGUCAACUGCCACCUGGCCUCCGGCAGCGAGAAGACCCACAGGCGUAACCAGAACUACAGCGACAUCCUGCGCUCCCUGGUCCUGGGCGACAAGCAGCUCGGCGCCUUCGACCUCACCCUGCGCUUCACCCACCUCUUCUGGUUCGGGGACCUCAACUACCGCCUGGACAUGGACGUGCAGGACAUCCUUGCCCACAUAACCAAGAAGGAGUUUGAAGCCCUCCUGGCUGUCGACCAGCUCAACCUGGAGCGGGAGAAGAACAAGGUGUUCCUGCGAUUCAGCGAGGGUGACAUCUCCUUCCCACCGACGUACCGGUAUGAGCGGGGCUCCCGGGACAGCUACAUGUGGCAGAAGUUCAAGCCCACGGGUAUGAGGAUCAACGUCCCCUCGUGGUGCGACCGCAUCCUGUGGAAGUCGCACCCGGAGACCCACGUGGUCUGUAACUCCUACGGCUGUACCGAUGACAUUGUGACCAGUGACCACUCGCCCGUCUUCGCCACCUUUGAGGUGGGCGUGACAUCGCAGUUCGUGCCCAAGAAGG